UCAUCAAUCCGUGCGUCGCCCGGAUGUGACGUCAUCCGGCCAUCAUGGCGGAGUCCGGUGAGUUUAUGAACGUGAGGCGACGAUUCAAGACAAACGAACAAGAAGAAGAAGACGACGAACAGAGUUCUGGUCCUGAUGAGGCUGUGGAUGUGAAACCAUCUGCUCGGAUCAACCGGCACUCAGUUUUCUGGAUCCUGGCGUCUGUCUCUCUCACCUACUAUCUGGAUUUCUUCUCUGUCCUUCUGAAUCACAGUGACAUUCACAGCUGGUGGUUUAGCGUGGCUCUGGUUCUGCUGGCGCUGUGUGUGUCUCUGGCGUUGUUCUGUAUGGUGUAUCUGGAGUGGUUCAGAGGAAUCCAGCAGUAUGAUCAGGAGUAUCCAGCCGUCCCCGCCGUCUCCACCGCAGCCUUCAUCGCCGCCUCCUGCAGCUUGAACAUCGCUCUGUGGCCCGUCUGGUCGUUCUUCACUCCAGUGAUUCUGUUCACUCAGUUCAUGGGUGUGGUGAUGCUGAUCUCACUGCUGGGCUGAAACACACGCAGCUCACUGAAUUAUGACUGGAGUCUCCGUGUGUCUGUAACGAAGCCGACGGCGACAGAUAGAGAGGUCAGUUGAUCAGUCUCUGACCUCUGCUUUAUUCCAGUGCCGAGGACUCGCUUUAAUGAACAAUGAGACAUUCAGCAGCAUCAGACGUCUCCGAUCAACAGUUGCUCAUAUUUUGUUUUAGGGUUUCCUGAACAUCAGCCCGACGGAGGAGAACGAGAGGUUUUCUUUGAGGUCCUGUAGACUGCUGAUUGCAGUGUUUUCUAAAAAUGCAAAUUGCUUUACUUUUACUUAUUGCUUCCAAACACACCGUUUUAAACGGUUCACUAAAGAUACUUGGCGCUUGUGUUGUACACCCUGUUCUAAUGUUCGUCUGUAACUAACCAAAUACAUGAACUGAUGAAAUAAAGACAUUUGUAUUACAUGACAUUUU